GCCCAGCAUGCUAGACCGCGUCCGUGUUGUGUGUGUGCUAUGGACUCAGCCCAGUAAUAUUGACAAUAGGGCGAAAAAGGGACCGAUAUUCCAUAAUAAAACACAUUUUCUGGAUUAAAAUAACAUAUAAGUGCAGUGUGUGGAUACAAAGAGAUACCCGGGGAUGUUCGUAUUUCUGCUGGAGCCUUUUCUAUCGUCGGAAAUUUGAGUGUUUGAUGGGAUUAUUGCUGUGGGUUUGGCAUUUUUUAAGGCCAAAAACAGAUUUGGUGUCUUUCUUUAUCUUUUUCUGCUGCUUCAAGAGGCCUUGAAGAAGGAAAGACGGUUAAAAACACAGAUCAGCUCUUCACAUCGAAAACAUCAAGGGCUAUGUCCUCCGCAGCCACCACGCCUCCAUCAGUGGAUAAAGUAGACGGAUUUUCCCGGAAGUCUGUCCGGAAAGCCAAGCAGAAACGUUCCCAGAGUUCCUCACAGUUCCGCUCUCAAGGCAAACCAAUCGAACUCACACCUCUUCCCCUGCUCAAAGACGUCUCUGCUCAGGAGCAGCCGGAGUUGUUCCUGAAGAAACUUCAGCAGUGUUGUGCUGUGUUUGAUUUCAUUGACACUCUGUCAGACCUGAAGAUGAAAGAAUACAAGCGCUCAACCCUCAACGAACUCGUCGAUUAUGUUACAGUCAGCCGAGGAUACCUCACAGAACAGGCCUACCCAGAGGUCGUCAAAAUGGUGUCCUAUAAUAUAUUCCGAACUCUUCCGCCCAGUGAGAGUAAUGAGUAUGACCCAGAGGAGGAUGAACCCACUCUAGAGGCUUCAUGGCCACAUUUACAACUGGUGUAUGAGUUCUUCAUUCGCUUUUUGGAGAGCCAGGAGUUUCAACCCAGCAUUGCCAAAAAGUACAUAGACCAGAAAUUUGUUUUACAGCUGCUGGAGUUGUUUGACAGCGAGGACCCACGGGAGAGAGAUUACCUGAAGACAGUCUUACACAGAAUCUACGGAAAAUUCCUGGGACUUAGAGCUUUUAUACGAAAACAGAUUAAUAAUAUUUUUCUACGUUUUGUUUAUGAAACCGAGCACUACAAUGGAGUCGCAGAAUUGUUGGAGAUUUUGGGAAGCAUCAUCAAUGGCUUCGCUCUGCCGCUGAAGGCCGAGCACAAACAGUUUCUGGUGAAAGUUUUGAUUCCUCUUCACACCGUCAGAAGCCUCUCACUGUUCCAUGCACAGCUGGCGUAUUGUAUUGUACAGUUCCUAGAAAAAGACCCUGCAUUAACAGAACCAGUUAUCAGAGGUCUGCUGAAAAUCUGGCCUAAGACCUGUAGUCAGAAAGAGGUCAUGUUCCUAGGUGAGCUGGAGGAGAUUCUGGAUGUGAUUGAGCCCACACAGUUUGUGAAGAUCCAGGAGCCUCUCUUCAAACAGAUCUCCAAAUGUGUCUCCAGCCCUCAUUUUCAGGUGGCUGAGAGAGCUCUGUACUACUGGAAUAAUGAGUACAUCAUGAGUCUGAUUGAGGAGAACUCCAAUGUGAUUCUUCCUAUAAUGUUCACAAGUCUGUACAGGAUCUCCAAAGAACACUGGAACCCGGCCAUAGUAGCUUUAGUCUAUAAUGUUCUGAAGGCCUUCAUGGAAAUGAACAGCACUUUGUUUGAUGAACUCACGUCCACUUACAAGUCAGAUCGUCAGAGAGAGAAGAAAAAAGAGAAGGAGAGAGAGGAGCUGUGGAAGAGGUUGGAGGAUCUGGAGUUAAAGAGAAGCCUCCAGAGCGACGGAAUUAUUCCCACUUAACGACGCGCCUCUCCUGGACCGCUUUUUUUUCCAGCGCCCCCACCAUGUGCUCGGGAACGUUGGCCACCUUUUUUUUUUUCUUUCUGUAUUUGUGCGACUUACUUUACCGUAGAUUCACCUCAUCAGUCUCAUUAUUUCAAAAGCACUGUAAAUAAGUUUAUUUUAUCUUCUUUUCCCCCCCCCCCUAAAAAUAUUAUGCCGAAAAAGAACGUGACUAGAAAAAGGAAAUUAAAAAAUUCAAAUAAGCAAAAAGAAAAAAAAAAGAAAGAAAGAAACUCGCACUGGAGGGGGAAGGAUUUUGAGCAGACAGUAGGACUGAAAUGAACGACUGCUGUAUAGAACCCACCGAUCUGACAUACCUCAACCAUCAUUUCUGAACAACACCAGCCCAAAUCUCUCUCUCUUUCCUCACUUGCCCCGUCUUUGUCCCUUACUCCUCCGAUUUUUCUUUUCCUCUUUAUGUCUCUGAAUUGGAUCAAGAUUUGCCACCUGUGUCCUCAUUAUCUGAAACCUGACUCGACUACCCUUGACCUUUGAUUUUCCGUUAACAUCUGGACAAACACAGCAGGUCUGGACUGUAGACGUCUUGAAGGGAUGCAGAGGACACUAUGCAGUAUCCAGCAAAGAACAGGAAGUCAUACAUACUCACCAGCUCUUGUUUUUCCCUCCUUCUCCAUUCUUUUUCUGUCCAAAUGUGCCACCCAGUACACUCAUUUGGAUACUUUAGCACCAGUCCGGUACUGGUACCAGAAAAUGGGACAGACACAAAUCUGAACGGGUGUCCAGAAUUCCAGCAGCAAAACCAGAGAUGCUUGUCAUGAGAAAUCGAUUUGCAAGUGCACACACACACAUAUUCUGCAUUCAAGUGUGUGAGGGAGUUUCUUACAGUGUUAAGUACCUGUAUACUGUAUCUGAAUGCAGUACUUUGAUACUCUGUAUCUAGUAGAACCUUAAGCGUAUUUUUCUUUAGGAGAAUCUAGUAUAUGAUGAGGAAAGAUUGAACAUAGCCUCUUGGGAUUUUUCUUUCUUUCUUUCUUUCUUGGGUUUCACUUCUAAUUUGUGGGGGUUGUUUUAUUUUAUUUUUAAGUCUGGAAUUUGGUUUUGUUUAGUUUUUUUGACCAAGUGGAAUUUGUUCUUUCUUCCUUUUUUUACUUAUUUGCUGAUUGGGGGGAGUGAGAGGGGGAUUGUGGAGGACUGAUGCUGUGGUGAGCUUUGUCAGAAUUGAACCUGUGCUUUAGAAAGCCCCAGACAUCAAAUGAUUACAAAAGUUAAAAAGGGUCGGAUAAAUACAAAUGUUUAAUUAUUUUAAAAAAAAUAAAGAGAUAUUAAAUUAAACCUGUUUUGUGAUAAAGACGAAAUGCACAUUUGCCUUCUUUGUGGCGCGUGUGAGUGGAAGAAAGUGUAAAGGAGAGGUAUCUGUAUUGACCACCAUAGCCAUGUAAAAAUUUUAUAUAGGUAAUUAUUGCAGCUUGAAAUUGUAAAAUGGUUCCUGUUCGUAACUCGUUCCAUUUUUUUUUUUAGGGGUAAAACUGAAUCAUUUUCUUGACCUUUGGUUUUACUAAAUGUUCCAUUCUUUUAAGAUGGAUCUUUUCAAUGAAUCAGCUAAACAAACCGGUCUGAACCAGGCCACUAUGAACACAAUUUUGUUGCACAAUCUUUGUAAUGAUUUUUCAUAAUUUCUCCUUUUGUUUUCUGCAGGGUAAACACAUUGCAUAGCUUGAAUUUAGAAUGACUAGAGGGUGAAUAAAUAAGAGUAUGUUUGUUUUCAGUUGACCCUUACUUUAAAUCAGUGUGACUGACCAAUUGUUUAUAGGACCAUGUGUGGUGUGUUUGUAAAUUCAGUAUUACUCUCUUUCCAGCCCUUUAUUCACCAGUACCAAAUUAUUCCACAAGAGUGCAGCAGAGCUCAACAUUAAACAUUUCUAAACCA